AUUUACUGUGUCAAUUUGCCAAAUCUGCCAUGAUUUAGCUUUUGUCUUGUUGUCGUGUUGUAUAGCUCGUUUAAAAUUACAAAAAUGAUAACCAGAAAGUUAAAAUUAACGCUAUAUGUAUUAAUUCCUAUAUUUUACAAUUCUGUGCUCGCAGAAUGGAAUACACGAGAUUACAUCAGAAGGGAGCAUUCUCUCACGAAACCUUACCAAGGGAGCGGUAUGUCGGUGCCUUACUGGGAUUUUUUAGGUAGUACAAUAGUUACUUCAAAUUACGUACGACUGACACCCGAUCUUCAAUCCAAAUCCGGUGCUAUAUGGAAUACAGCGCCAUGUUAUACCCGCAACUGGGAGCUCCAAGUGCAAUUCAAAGUGCACGGAAAAGGGAAAGACUUAUUUGGUGACGGGUUUGUUAUAUGGUAUGUUCGAGACCGCAUGCAACCUGGUCCCGUGUUUGGCAGUAAAGAUUAUUUCUACGGCCUGGCAAUCGUACUCGACACUUACAGUAACCACAAUGGUGCUCAUAAUCACCAACACCCAUACAUUUCGGCUAUGGUGAACAAUGGCACCAUGCAUUACGACCACGAUCGAGACGGUACGCAUACGCAGUUAUCCGGCUGCGAAGCGAAGUUCCGUAACUACAAUCAUGAUACGCACAUCUCUAUAGCGUACCGGGACGACACACUUACAGUUUCUGUUGACUUAGAAGGCAAGAACGCUUGGAAAGAAUGCUUACGAGUGGAGAAUGUAUUGCUACCCACUGGUUAUUACUUUGGGGCAACGGCAACCACUGGAGAUCUCAGUGACAACCAUGAUAUUAUAGCUAUCAAGAUGUACGAACUCGACCUUUUGGACUCGCAAAAGGACGAAGACAGAUCACAAAUUAUUCCAUCAGCUGCAUCAUAUGAAGCGCCACGAGAAAGAAUAGAGGAUGAAAAACCUGCAAUGUCAGGCGUCAAAACCUUCCUGUACAUGAUGUUUAUAGCCAUCGUUAUAAUAGUUCUAGUAGUUUUGGGAAUUAUGUGGUAUCAGAAGCGACAAGAACAUUCUAGAAAGAGGUUAUAUUAAAUCAAUAGCAGAGUUAGGAACGUGAGUGAAAACUAUGGGUGCAAGUCUAUUAUAUAAACAAUUACAUCACCUCUCGGAUGAAAACUGUCACAAGUCGAAACAUACUUUAUGUAUUAGUUCCUAUUUGUUUUAAAAAAAGGCUUUCUUGAAAAUAAAAAUAAAACAAUGUUUUUGAUGUAGACUUUUGAGAGUUUUGAUCAUUAUGAGAUAUACGUUAAGAACAACAAUCUAAGGAGGUAUGCUCUCGUUUUAUUGUUUAAAAAUUCAUGAAAAUGUUUCUGAAGUUCCCAUACAUUGCUCAUUCAUUAUAACUAUUAUACAGAAAAUAAACUAGGUCAAGACAAUAUAUGAAAUUAUUAAUAAUCUCAAUUAUUUCACCUGUUGACUGAACAUUCCUAGUUUAUUAUAGUUUCGCUAACCUUUUGAUAUAAUCUAA